GGUUCAGUUCAUCAUAAACAAUUUAAAACUCACAAAGAUCCCAUCCCCACUUUUGCAGUGCCCAAAAGCGGGACAAAGUUUUUGAAACUUUCCUGAAGAAAUCCAAAGGACACACUCCCCCGAAUCGGAGACCAAGACAAUGGAGACUCGCUUACUCAGUUUUCUUCUCCUUCUCUACUUCGCCGCCGCCGCAGGAGAAGCUGCAUUAUCGCGCCGUCCUGGAUUUCUCUUCUCAAGAACCAGAGGAAGAUGCACUCCAGAGUUCUGGAGUAGUAGGAGAGAGGCUUGGCCUCGGAUGGCGCCGGAAUCGGCGACGGUGGCGAAGAUUUUCGGAUCGAGAGCUCACGAACGGUACGGAUCUGAGAUGACAUUACUGGCGGCGGCGACGGUGGCAGUGGCGGAUGAGGAAGAGGAGGAGGAGGCGUUCGGUAGAGUAGUGAAGGAGGCAACCGCAGCACUGUUGAAUUCGUAUGCAAGAAGGGAUUUCCCAUACGCAGCUUGGGAGGUGAAAACAUUGCUCAUCAAAGCAUUGGUAUCUAAAGAGGCUGCUGCUCUUCAAUCUCAACGCUUUGCCUUCGCUAAUGAGUCCUGUAAUUAGCAUCUCAUCAUCUCACAACACAGCCGCUCUUGCUCUUUGCUUGAUUACCAUUUGGUAAUGUUGGAGGGUUAGAUAGAUGGUUGUCUAGAUUAACAAGUUGAUAAUCUUCAUCGACAAAUGUUUGAAUUUAAUUCUAACUAUUGUAUGAUUUUGUGUUUAGAAUCAAAAGAAAAUGAUGGAAC